UGAAGACAGAGGGACUGGUCUGAUCUCUUGUCCUCAGAGGUCAUUCUCGCUACAGUUACAGACACUUGUUGCCAAAUCGCUCAGAGAACCCGUUUUCACUCAGCGAACACUUUCUCCAAGUUCACGACAUUGAGCUAGAUGUUGAGACGGGAAUACAACCACUUCUGACUUUGUUUGGGGGAAAAGGGCCACUUUCAAAAAUUCGUCGCAUCUGACGGGAGAAGCAUGGUUGACAACACAAGCAUAGCAACUAAAUCUGCACUGCAAGCCGCUUUCUCGUCGGUGAACACUCUUCCUGUGCUGGUCAACUCCUCCAGCGCGCACAGUCAGUCGAGCGGCGGCGGUGGGAUGAAGCUGGAGGCGGUCAUGGAGAACCUUCAGCGACAGCAGGCGGCUCGCCUCGCUCUGGAGGAGAAGCUCCGGCAAGCCGAGAAGGAGAAAGACAUCAGGUCUAUGGUGGAGUCCCAGAUCCAACAGCAAGCUCUCGCAUUCCGCCACUAUCAAGCAGCGGUCAGGGGUGUGUUAGAAGGGGGAGCCCAUAAAUUUCCCAUGGCGAGCUUAGGCCACCCCGGUGAGCAUACGGUCCACUCCGACAUCGAUGAUGAUGAUGAUGAUGACCCAGACCUGGACCGCGGCAUUGAUGAUGAAGACCGGGAUUUAGAGGAAGAUGACAGUAUGAAUGAGUGUGGAGGGGAUGAAGAUUUGGAAGGACCCCUAGCUCAUUACCCACCACGCCAUGCUAUUUAUACAGGUGCGGGACAAUCUCCAAAAAGUACCCAUACACAUCUGUCCAGAGUCCAGCCUUCUUAUGCAGCUCCAAGACAGGCUGAAUCACCCAGUGGUCUGGCAUCCCAAGCACAAUCUCAGCACCACGAAUGGACUUAUGAGGAACAGUUCAAACAGUCAGGCCACAGCAGCGGGCUGGUGAGGAAGCUGAAAGAGUCAAGCGUUGCUUUCAGUGGUGGUGGCUCUUCGUCUAUGAUACAGGAGCUGUAUGAACUAGAUGAUGAUGAGAAAAGAAAGGAGUUUCUUGACGAUCUCUUCAGUUUCAUGCAGAAAAGAGGGACUCCAGUGAAUCGGAUUCCUAUCAUGGCCAAGCAGGUGUUGGAUCUCUACACUCUCUACAAGCUUGUCACCGAAAAAGGCGGCUUAGUGGAAGUCAUCAAUAAGAAAAUAUGGCGCGAGAUUACCAAAGGCCUGAACCUCCCUACCUCCAUCACCAGUGCGGCUUUCACCCUCCGAACACAGUAUAUGAAGUACCUCUAUCCUUAUGAAUGUGAAAAGCGGGGACUGAGCUCUCCCGGCGAGCUCCAGGCAGCUAUCGACAGUAACCGCCGUGAAGGGCGGAGACAGAGUUAUGGCUCCACCCUCUUCAACUACUCCCCCGUGGGUACCCCCACACUGCUGGCUUCCCCCAAACUCCAGAUGCCCCACAUCAGUAUGCCCACUCUGAAUGGCGGGCACAUGACUCAGUCCCCCGUUAUCAAGAAAGAAGACACCAUGCUUUCCAACUGCCUGACUAACAGAGUGGGCAUCCCUGUGUCUUUUGCCGGCCACCACAGUGCAACUCAGGCUGCUGCAGCCCAGGCUGCAGCUGCAGCAGCUGUGCAGGCGGCUGCAUUGGAACAGCUGCGAGAGAAGCUGGAGUCUGGAGAGCCACCGGAGAAGAAAGUGAUACUUAUGGCAGAGGAGCAGCAGAGGAUAAUGCAGCAUGCGCUGCAGCAGAAUCUCUUUGCCAUGGCAACUCAGCUACCUAUGAACAUCAAACUUAAUAGCAGAGAUGAUAGACAAGAGACUGCAUUGAACCUGUCUACCAACGGCAUUAGCAGCAUCAACAUGUCAAUAGAAAUAAAUGGGGUUGUCUACACAGGGGUCUUGUUUGCCCGUAAGCCAACCAUUGGUUUCAUGACAGGCAACCAGCGAAUCCAUCACCAACACAGUUCUCAGGUAAAGAGCAGCAGUCCAGGUCUCAGCAACCACAUGCCGCUGUCCUCCUCCUCCUCCUCCUCCACCGCUUCCUCACAUGGACCAGCCACCUCCCCUUGAGCCCACAAUACCUAACACGACUCGUCCUCAUCGUCAUUUAAGGCAGGGUCUCUAGUUCAUCCUGUUGGACCAGUUUUCUUUCUGUCUCCUUCAAUGUACACAUUUUACUGUUUUUCUAACCCUCCCCCGGUUAUCAGGACAGAAGAGUCUAUUACUUAAAAAACUUCCAUUAAAAUAAUAAAAAAGGCAAAGACAAAAUGAGUAAGCUGAGCACCAAAAGCUGAUAGCCGCACAGUUGAAAUGUGUUACAUUUACAAAUGCAACAAGUUGCGGCUUGUAAUUUUGUUCAUCUGAGGACAUGUUAUUCAGUGUGGAGUGACUGAAACACACUGUGUGGCAAUGCCAUGAACACAAGGAACAGUGUGAGGAACCUGAGAGGACUGGAUGUUCCUGAAACAGAGCGCUGAUCUUUUUAAAGCAGGAUUCUUUACUCUCUUUCACAGAUCCUGGAGUUUUGGCACAGGAGUCCAUCUUGUUCUUCUUUUCCUGUACCUUUACCUGUUGCAUUCUUGAAUCAAACAGCAAGAGCUACUGUCAGCUAUUACCAAAGAGAAGAUGAGCAACAUAUUAGUGGUUUCUGACUUUAUUUGAUAACUUAUAAUGAUUACAAUGCACAGUUUUUCAGCAACAACACACAUAGCUAAAGCCAUUGCAAAAUAUCAGAAAUAUGCAAUGGAGAGUCAUUAUAGUGAAGUAUCAUGCUAAAAAGAUAUACAAAUUUAGAUUUUAGGCAAAGCACAUCCCAUUUUACUUGGGUCAUCAAAUGAUCAGGGAUCAUUUACUCUAUCACUGCUUGAAGUUCUGUUUUUAAAGAAAAAUGUGGAAGGGAUAUUGGAGACAGAUAUGCAAGAUCAGCCAUUUUUAGCUUAAUUCUGAAGAAAGCAGGGAGAACAACAGGUAUGACUAUUUCUCCCUCUCUCUCGUGACUGGGUUUGUUUCUAGAGCCAUUGCAAAAUAUAUUCAAUUGAUUGCGGAUUUAUUUGGGGAACGCUUGUCGACAAUGUUUAAUGAUUUUCCACCACCUCGGCUAGUGUUUAAUAGCUAAAAGUGUUCAUUAGACGGUUUAGUAGAUGGAAAUAAAUGGGUCGCAUUGAUUAAUACAGGUUUAAGGGUUGUCAGGAGAGGUUAAAUUAUAUUGUGACAUGGAAGUGUGGGCUGUGAGCUGGAAGUUGAUCAUGAAAACAAAAUGGUUGAGCACUGCAACCAGAAAAGAGAGGCUUACAAGAACAAAAUUGCAUGUACCAUAAACAGGCCAUCUUAACCAACAGCUCAUGGGGUGUUAUCACCUUUGUGAAUAGAAUCCAAUUUUCAUCGAGUUCUCAACAAUGCACUUGCAUGUGAGAUUUCAUCUCUCAUUCUUUAUUCCAUUCUCCAUUUUUUUGGCUCAUGCUCUUGUUGUUUAUUUCUUUUUCUUCUCUUUUCUGUUGGUAAGGAAAAUGGGAGGUUGUUAUUGUCAUUUUGCUAGAAUUCUGUAGAAAAUUUAAAAGUUGUAUUUAUUAUUUUAUGAUUUUGAAUCUUGGGCUGUUUCAAUGCUUUUAGUGACACCACAUUUAUGAAAAAGAAAAAAGUCAUUUUACAGCCCAAAUACCUCACAAAUCCUGUAAACCUGUAAAUGGAUAAUAGAUUAUGAAUACAAGAUAUACCUCAUUUAUUUCAUUUCUAUUAUUUUUAUUGUGAGGUCACUUGAAAAUUAUGUUGUUGGUUUUUUUUUUUCAGAAGAUCACUGGAUUUUGUUUUCUAUUUUGUUUUACUAAAGAAGGGAAUAUAUAAUGAACACACAUCUACCUCAUUUGUUAUAGACUGUGCCAACUACAUGAUCACAGCAGCCAGUUUUCAAUCGUAGCCUUUCUUGUCCAAAUUCAUUUUUGUAUGCAUGACUCGUUCUGCAAAACCAGAGUCUGGACCACACAGGGCUUUACACAGCAUGAUUUGCAUUGCUUGUUUUUGUUAGUGGCAUUUUUUUAUGCGUGGGGGAAAUAAAAUACCAGAAGGAUCCAGUGUACAACUGCUCAGAUUGAUUCAAUAUUGAUGUGAUAAAGGUUUUGUAAAUUAGAUCUUUAUUAUAUAUAUCUGAAAAACACCUUAAUAUAUCUGAUAAACUAUAAACUAUGUUAAGCUGUGUCUAUUAACUUUUCUUAAUUAAGCUUACAUCACUGUUUGCAGUCUUUAGAUGUUCCAUUGAUGCCAGUGUUUGCUUCAGUCAUCAUUUCUAUUCAGGACAUAAUGUGGCUUUCAGAAGAUAUAAUCUAAACCAAAACUAACGUAAAAUUGUAAUUAUCUUUUUUUUAUACUCUCUCUUAAAUGUGAUUGGAAUGUGGAAAUAUGCUCUUGUGAUUUUUUUUUUUUUUUUUUUACAAAUACCAAAGAUCUAAGUUGACAAUGUUGUAGGGUUGACUAUUGUAACUUUUAACCUUUAACUUUUAAUCAUGGGCGCAACAAAGAAAUUUUUCAUUUGGUCUCUGCUGUAGCAAAGCUUGAUAUUAAGAGUUUGGAACAAAUUGUUUUUAAAGACAUGGCCAAGUUGUAUAUUCAGUUUGUCUUCAGAUUUUUCACACACUUUAUGUAUGAAUUAAACAAGUAAACUUAAGCAUUAUUGUGUUGUUGUGAUGGAAAUAUAUAGUGUAUAUUUAUGUGGAAAUACAGAGGGCACAAUCAAUGCACAAUUGUCUGAUUACUGUUUUUCAAUGUAAUUUACCUCUUGAUCAGCAAAUGAAGAGACUUUGCUCUUAUUUUUUCACAGCAAUUGCACAGUCUGUUCCUUCACAUGCUCUCUGUACAGCUCAUGUUACUAGACUGCAGAGAUUUCGGGACAAACUCUGGAGUGCUUGUUGACUGUGAAACAAAAAGCUUUUACAAAAUCAUGCUUACAGGCUUUCUGUAGAUGACAAUGUUUUGAGAAUUUGUUCAAAUAUGACAUAUAAGAUCAUUUUGAUAAAGGUUUAGAAAAAAUAUGAUUCAAUUGUGCUUAAAAAAGAACAUGUUGUUUACUUUGUUUAGCUAUGUCAACAAUGCUAUGCUGGUAGAUUUUAGAUCCUAUUAUUUGCUGUGUAUGAUGCUUCUUUUCUUUUUUUCACUUUGGAUAAAUCCAGUGCAUUAUGGGAAAGCUGGAUUGUGGUGCUCAGGGGUUAAAAAAAGCAAACAAGUGAAAGAAUUUUAUUUUGUUUCUUUGUUUUGCCAUUGACUUGUAGCAUAAUUAGAAAUAAAGUACUGC